AUGGCCCACAAAUUCUCCCAAUGUACACCUUAUAACACAAGUGAUCUUACAAAGAAUUGCAACAAGUAUGGAAGUUGUAACUAUGGGGAUGCCUCUACUAAAUCAACAAACCCAAAGAAUACUAAAAGUGGGAACACUGGAGAAGAAUGUUGCAAGUAUAGAGACUGUGGAAAACAGUUAAAUUUGUGUUCUAUCACUAGUGAAAGACGUCAUACUAAAAAGGAACUACACAAAACUAUGGACUGUGAUAAAUCAUUUGACUCUAAACACACACUCAUUCUGAAAGAAAACUCUAGUGUAGAGAAACUACACCAAUGCAGGAAAUGUGGCAAAUGCUUCAGGUCAUACUGGAGUCUCAGCAAACAUCGUAGAUCCCAUUCUGGAAAGAAAUUCUACAAAUGUAACAAAUGUGGAAAGUGGUUUUACUUAUUAUAUCAGGCUAAAAUCCAUUAUAAAACCCAUAGUAGAAAGGCACCUUACAAAUGUAGUGAAUGUGAAAAAUGCUUUUUCCAGAAAGACCAACUUUUGACACAUCAGAAAAUUCAUACAAUACAGAGACCUUUCAAAUGUAAUCAUUGUGAGAAAUGCUUUGUACGUGCUGAUCGUCUUAGAGUACAUCAGAGAAUUCAUUCGGGAGAGAAACCUUUCAAAUGCACUGCUUGUGAGAAAUCCUAUGCGUAUGCCUCAGAUCUCAGAGUACAUCAGAGAAUUCAUAGAGGAGAAAAACCAUUCAAAUGUAGUGAUUGUGAGAAAUGUUUUACACAUGCCUCUUGCCUUAGAGUACAUCAGAGAAUUCAUACAGGAGAGAAACCUUACAAAUGUAGUGAAUGUGAGAAAUCCUUCAGACAGUUUUCAAAUCUUACACAGCAUCAGAUGUGUCAUACAGGAGAGAAACCUUACAAAUGUAGUGAAUGUGAGAAAUCUUUUGCAUAUAUGUCAAGUCUUACAUAUCAUCAGAGAAGUCAUACAGGUGAGAAACCUUACAAAUGUAGUGAAUGUGAGAAAUCAUUUUCACGUGUCUUCAUUCUUAGAAAACAUCAGAGAAUUCAUACAGAAAAUUGA